AUGUUCCGCUGGAAUGCCGACCAACAUGUUCUCGGCUUCUCGGCACCAUUGGACCAUGGCCCGGAGGAGAUGGAUGUUCGGCGGCUCAUUGCGGUGGCAGAGACCCUUGGACCCGUGGAAGUCUUUGCCGCCAACGCCGGCGUGCCGUCCAACGGCGGCUAUGAGGUCCCCAACGAUGAGUGGGACAGGACCUGGAAAGUGAACGUGAUGCAGCACGUUUACGUUGCUCGGCAUUUGUUUCCCCUUUGGCAGCAACGACCAGGCGAUAAGCACUUCAUCAUCACCGCUUCAGCGGCUGGCUUACUCACUCAGGUGGGAGGCCUUCCCUACAGCGUAUCGAAGCACGCAGCAGUUUCCAUUGCUGAAUGGUACCAGAUCACCUACCGGGAGUUUGGCAUCCAUGUCGCCUGCCUUUGUCCACAGGUAGUGGAAACUGGCAUGGUCUGGGUUGGAAAUGCUGGCGCAGGUGGAGAUGGAGUCUUGAAGCCUCAACAGGUGGCUGAGGAAGUGGUGAAAGCCAUGGGAGAGAAGAAGUUCUUAGUCCUUCCGCACCCGCAGGUGCUGAAGUACAUGAAGCAAAAGGCUUCAGACUACGACCGCUGGCUGAAAGGAAUGACCAGGCUCCACAAGAGCGUUGGCGAGUUGCAGAGCAGGACCUUGGAUCGAGAUGACGCUGGCAUAAUUGUAUACACAGAAUCAUCUAUUUAUCCAUUGUUCAUUUAG